CGGUAAUAUGCGAGGCACUGCAAGGUCAUGGAUCGUCGUGGCACGUAUAAAUUGCGCAGCCUGUCCGGCAUUUUGGGCGGCGGCACUUCUCUCGCACUUUGUCAAAGCAGUUUCGCACGGAAGAAACAAGCUCCAUAAUGGGUGUUUUCAGAUCAAUUGCGGCCGUGGCUGCGAGUGCUGCCAUGGUUGCAGAUGCUGCAGCUGUACAGCCCCGCGACUACAAGACGCUGGUCUCUUCGAAGUCUCUUCGCGAUUCCCUUCACAUUGACAACCUGUUCGCAAAGGCCGAGAUCUUGCAGGACAUUGCGUACAAGACGCCGGGGAAAAACCGCAUCAUUGGCAGCAAAGGUCAUGAGGAUACCGUCGCCUACAUCAAAGGCCAGCUCGAGCAGUUUCCCGAUUACUACACGGUGGAGACCCAGGCUGUACCGUUGAACAUUGGCACCAACGCAACCCUGAAAGCGAACAACAAGGACAUCAAAGCUUAUCCCGUAACGCUUGCGCCAGGAGGCAAUGUCACGGGUCCUCUGGUUGCCAUUCCCAACUUGGGAUGUAAUGAGACCGACUUCCCCACAAGCCUCAACGGUUCCAUUGCGCUGAUCAAGCGCGGCGUGUGCGAUUACGGUGCCAAGGUUCAGCUUGCUGCUGCUCAUGGCGCUUCCGCAGUAGUAGCAUGGAACAACGGCGAGGGCACGCUCCAAGGCUAUUCACUCAGUGUUUUGUUUCCCAAGGGCAAACUGGUUCCAGUCGUUGGCAUCACCUUGGGCCAGGGCGAAUCUUUGUUAGCACAACUCACGGCUGGGGUGAAGAUCACUGUCGACCUGUCAACAGAAGUCAAGCUCUACGAGACGUUGAAUGUCAUCGCUGAGACAAAAGCUGGAGAUCACAACAACGUAAUCCACGUCAGUGGUCAUUCCGACUCGGUAUACGCCGGUCCUGGAAUCAACGACAACGGAUCUGGGACGAUUUCCAUCCUUGAGAUCGCCCUUCAAUUGACUAACUUCACUGUCAACAACGCCGUGCGAUUUUCCUGGUGGGCGGCUGAGGAAGCCGGGCUGCUCGGAGCCGAGUACUAUGUCAGCAAGCUUUCGCAAGCCGAGAAGAACAAGAUCCGGCUCAUGCUCGAUUUUGACAUGAUGGCCUCACCCAACUUCGCCUAUCAGAUCUAUGACGGCGAUGGUUCUGCUUACAACCUCACCGGCCCUGCUGGCUCUGCCGAGGCUGAACACGAGUUUGCCUCGUACUUUGACAGCAUCGGCCUGAACCACACCGAGAUCGAGUUUGACGGUCGCUCAGACUAUGGUCCUUUCCUUGAGGCUGGUAUUGCCGCAGGAGGUAUUGCCGGUGGUGCUGAAGGCAUCAAGACUGAAGAGGAGGCGGAGCAGUUUGGCGGAGCUGCUGGCGUGCCAUACGAUGUCAACUACCACGAGGAUGGUGAUACCGUCAACAACCUCAACCUAGACGCUUGGAUCCAGUUCUCCAGGGCGAUUGCACACAUGACUGCCAAGUAUGCUGUCAGCUGGGACGGCAUUCCGCCGCGCAACGCGACGGCGGCUCACAAGCGAUCGGAGAGGUAUGCCGAUUUGAAGAGCAGGUUCCAGAUGACCAAGAGGUAUCAGAACUGGGUGUAGUUGCACAUUUACGUAGCACAUGACCUAAUGAGUCUUGAUAUUAGUCAAUGACAAUGAUGAUUACCAAAAACGACCAGUGCACAGGUUCGCGAGGC